AUGAAUCAGCGGAUACGUUUGUUGAGGUUGGUGGGAGUAGCUCCUCCUACCUCCUGCCCUUCGCGCGGAGGAGAUGAAGAAAAGAAGGAAGGGGACAGGAGCCUCGACGUGCUGCUUUCGCAGGAGGUUGUGGACCUCGGUGCGCUGCGGAGUGCUGUGGGAGAAGGGAAAUGUUGCCCGAGCAAUCGCCUUGUUUGCUGGAGGCUCGUCAUGGGGAUUCUCCCUCCCGAGAGCGACAGAUGGUGCAUGGUUGCCAGGGAGCUCAGCGACUGGUACGAAGAGAUAUCCAAGGCGGCUCCCUUGUUGUGCAAAGGGUCGUUGCAGAGCUCGUCGUUGAAGUACAUGCUGCACGAUACGGGGAAAGAGAACACUACAGCCUUGAUCUCAGCAGAGAAGUUGUACAGAGAGUACCUGAUGAAGCUGCUGAUCGAAGGAAGACGGCCACAGAGCAUCAUGCCUUGGUUGAGAUGCGACACCUUGGACAAGGUCAAUCAUUCCAUGACAGAAUCGAAGGCUUCCCAGAUGUACAACGCUGAUGACAUCAACGCACCAUGCAUCGCUUACGUCUUUAGUGCGUCUUUCUCUCAUUCCGACUCAGAUCGACAUGCGAUUUUCUGGUGUUACUUCCAUUUCAUGGAGCUUUUUUCGAAUCCUGGAUGCAGUUACAAGAGGCUGCACACGGUAACCUCCAUGGUACGGGAAUCUGAUCCAGACAUGGUGAAGCAUGUCCAAUCAACAGGCCUUGAUCUCAAAGACCUCCUGCAGAGUUGGUUUCGAACCUGCUUCACUGUAUGUCUUUCAAUCGACUCCCUUGUUUUGCUCUGGGACAGGCUUCUGGCUUACGGAGUAGAUUUCUCAGUCUUCUUUGCGAUUGCGCUUCUCAACUACAUAAGACCAGUCUUACUCAGGAGCGAAGACAAGCAAUCGAUGCUGCAGAUAUUCCUCAGUGUGCAUGAGCUCGUGCCCUCAGUACAAGACAUCAUAGCCAGUGCCAUCACUAUGCUCAACAGCAAAACGCACCUCACACAAAAGCUCUGGCGGCCCAAGCUGAAUGAUUACUGCAUGCAGGUCAAGCUUAUGGUACCAUCAGCAUUGAAGCUUCUGGCUGGACCAGGGGACUGCGUCUAUCAUAGUUCCGCGUACGACUACACGACCUCAGAUUUCUGUUUGUACAAAGGGGAAAUGACGUAUGGAGGGGCUUCUAUCUCGGUGGUAAGAGUGGAAAACAGCUUCGAGGGUAUUGGCCCUGAAACCUUCUUCAGCAACGUUGCCCUCGAAAACAAGAUCGCCACAGAAAAAGUCAGUGACAGCUAUCCUGUUGCAGUUCAAUGUAAUGUGGUUCAUCGGCUAGGGAGAAUGGUGUAUCUGGUGCGCGAGACAUGGCAGACGGCCAGCGGGGCAAAACGAGACCUCCUCAUGCUCACUGCACAUGUGAAGCUGCCGGAUGAAGGUUGGCUGGUCGUUUCACAGAGCAUCGAUGUCAGAGAAGAUCCAAGUUUCCAUGACUUGGAUGCCUCUCUCAGCAAGUUCUCAUCCAUCUCUCGAGCCUGGUUGAUCUCCCCCCUGUAUCUUCCGACCAAUUGUCCGUGCAGCAGCUGCUCGGCAACAAGCCAGGCUCAUGCGUAUGAGGACACGGGGAGCUCGUUCUCUCGCACCUUCUCCGACAUGCAGGUCGACAUGCUGGUCGCUGGGGCUUCAGGAGGUGUGUUGCCAAGCACUCAGGGGUUAACCUACCUGCCCGUGCCUAGCAAGGACAUGAAACACAGUUGCAACACUCAUAACAAGCUGUGGCGAACGUACGACAAGUUUGCCUCAAAGUUUGAUGCGAAUGAGCUGCGCCAUCCUGUUGCUGGACGGCUCUGUGGAGUCUGCGUGCGUGGAAUGAUGGCGAUGGACAGUCAGGCGUCACGAGCAGAUCAGCGAUUGGGCGUGGAAUAUCUCACAGAUGUCAUGAAGCAUUGGAGCCUCAGCCUGGCCCAACGAAGAAACUGUACAUAA